UCCACCUUAUGUUGUGAAGUGCAAAGUGGCACAAAUCAAAAAAGGUUAGUCUGUCAUUAAUCAUGACUCCUAAGUUUCUCACUACCCUGGUAGGGGCAAGAGACAGGGAGUCAAUUCUGAUGUUGAGAACCAGCAGUUCAGUUUCUGAGAGGUUCAUCUGGCUUCGUCCGAGAUCUGUGCAGAGGCCGAGGGGUCGUCAGGUGGAAAUAACAGAUAGGGCAGUGUGUCAUCUGCAUAGCUGUGAUAAGAGAAGCCAUGCGAGGGGAUAAUUUCACUUGAGGUGGUGCAAAUAACGAAGAGAAGGGGCCCCAGCACAGAGCCCUGAGGCACUCCUAUAGUGAGGUUGUGUGAUGUGGACAACCGUCUAAGCCUGGAUACAUUGAGCGUGGGCCCUAUGUGAAAAUGGUCUCUACAUUCUGGCAUUGGAUGAGCCACUGGGGGGCUUUUCCUGCGAGCUGAAGAGACAUCUUGUGGUGAGGAGGAAACACUAGCCAUUGGACAAGGUCAAAAAGAUAAAACGCGGUCAAUGGCUUCCUCGGACAAGGAAGUCAUUUAUUAUUUCAGCUUCUAGAUACAAAUAACAAAGACGGCGCAACCUCUGUUACUGGACUAGAUUUAUUGCCAUGAGAUGAAAAGUGUCUCUUCAUUAUUUUUGCAGAAUACAGAUACACCGUGCAGAUAAUUCCUCAACUGAUCAGAUGAAAAAGUUACACUUGAUUGUGGUGCAUAUAUGUUUAUGAUUGGGGGGGUAAUGUCUGAGUCAUACCUCCUGAUACCGUGAAUAUUAUUCUAAGAUCUAUGAUAAAAUUAAUUAAAUUAGUGCAUCAAAUUUUGAACCUAAUACAUCUCUAAUACACAAAAUCAUGGACGAGAUUCGCCCUAGUUCAGCAAAUGUGGUGAAUGGAUGUAUGCUGAGUACACAGUUUGAUGCACACAAAGCUUUCUGCCCCUCUUCCCUCAGCUGGUUAUCAUUAUCUCACAUAUUUUACCCACGGUUCCACCUGGCGAGCCUAAAACCACAAAGAACAAAGGCAAAACUUGUCUAAAAAAAUCCAACACUUUCCAUUAAUGCAGGAGCCAAAGCUCCCUUUAUGGGGAUCAGUUACAAAUGUCAUGGCAGUGUGUGUGUUUUGCCAACAUGAAAGAAAUUCAGAUCUUUAGAAGAGAUUGUCUGGAAAACAAACCACACAACACCCAUAGAGAGCAAGUGAGCUCUUCCAGCCGAGUGAUGUCAUUCUCGGGCCUCUACAGUGUGUGUUUACCCGCAUCAGCCUGUACCACCCAUCACGCCACAUACCGUUGAGUCCCUGCGAAAGCUACUCUCCACUUUCUGAUGGUUACAAGCGAGUCAAGUGUGAGAUAUGACAGUGGGACGACACAGGAACAAGGCGGUGGCGAAUGCGCUCGCCUAACCCUCCUCUGCCCAGCUGACCAGCAUCAAUUCGCUGCAGACUUCCUUCCCUCCUCUUCCUGUGAGCUUAGCUGACAGUGACAUCGGGCUGCGUGUGUCACGGCUUGCAUUAUGAAGCACAAAGGCCAUGAGUGAGCUCUGACUGUCAUGGUGUGUGCUCAGAAACACAGGCAGUCUUUGACUGGCCGGCACUGUGACGGACUGAUUCUCAAAGUGGUGCCUCUGCAGGGCAAAUGUCAUCCCACUUUGCAAUGCAUGAAUCCAGUAGCCAAUCGCUUUCCAUCACUAAUUAUCAGAUUUACAGUGAAGUAGGUCAGUCAUCUCAAAAGGCUUAAAAAGUCUUAAAUAAUUGUGUUAUUAUGGUACAAGCUUACUGUGAAUCCCAACUUGUUGCAGAAAUAGGGAAGCUGAACUUUACACAGAAGUCAGAGGAACCAGUGCAGUGUCCAUGGCAACCCUAUUCGAGCCACAACAAGAAGGGUUUUGUCCUGAUGGGUCGCUUUGCUUGAACCCCACUGCGACUGGUUUCUCUUUCUCGCUGUCUUUGUCUAACUGUCUCUCUUUCUCACACAAGAGAGAGAGAGUGAGAGAGAGAGUGAGAGAGUAACCAGUUUAAAAUUUUCCCAGGGUGCAUGGUGUCCCUGCAUGGGGAGUGUUUACAGGAUGUUAUCUGUGUCAGUGCCGGCCCCUCAUCCCUCUCCGAGUGGGUUUAAGAGGAAUGCUGGAACGGGAUGGAGGAGUUCCAAAGGGGGAGUGACGAGAGAGUGAGACAGAGAGAGAGAGAGAGAGAGAGAGAGAGAGAGAGAGAGAGAGAGUAUAUAUACAUCCCAAGGAGGCUGGUGCUCACAGGCACAGCUGGACUACUGGAUAACUGGACUGUAGCCCACUGGAUAUUUAGCUAGAAAGUUUCUGCCGUGUUGCAAGCGGAGCAAAGGAGCAGGCCACAGUCCAACAACACUGGAACAGACCUGAAUCAGUCAGCAAAGAUGACAAACCAGCUACAGAAGCUUGUAGCGGAGAAGAAGGAUAUGGUGGAGACUGUGAUGGAAGUGUUUGAACAGGGAGCUGAAGUGGUGGCCAGUAUCGCCGGUGACCUCUUCCCUGUUUUCUCCAUCGCUGCCCCAAUUGUUAAACUGGCUCUGGACAAUGUAGAAAGCAAAGAGGCUGUGUUCAUGAAGGAGCAGUUUCAGAAGGUGCGUGAUCGCCUGGAGGCGGUCUCGGAGGAGGUUCAGCGAAUCAAUGAUGAGAUCAAGAAGAGCGGAUUGGAUGCUGUGUAUUUCCCACUGGAGGAGAACAUCACUAACCAGUUCAGGAAGUACAUGGACAUCCUCAACGCCAAACCCAAGUUCCGGGAGGUCAAGAAGAAGCUUUUCCUGGACCACUUUGCCAAGACCGGCGGUGACAAAAACCUGAUCACACUCUACAACGCUGUGACGGGAGAUAACUUCUCUGGGGAAUCUGUGCUCGAGAUCACCCUGAACUACGAGGAGAAGAGUCGCCGGCCAGUGGAGGACUUCUGUGCCAGGCUGAAGAAGCUCUUCUGUAUCGGGCUCAUCGCGCUGUUGGGUCACGCUGCUCUGAAAGGAUAUGACGAGGAGGAUGUGCUUCUGAAAGACUGGGGUGAGAAGAUGAAGGUUAUCCAGGAUAAAAUGAAUGCUGUCAUUGAAGACUGCAUCGUCAGCUUCCCUAAACAAGCUGAGCUGGAUUCCCGUCGCCUGGUGAGAGACGAGUCAAACUUAACCUACCAGCAGCUAGCAGAUGCUAUCAUACAGAAACUAAAGAAGAAAUACGACUGGGUGGGCUGGUCUGUCCGCGUUUUCAAGACCCCUUCAGGCCUGUUCGCUAAUAAGAAGGAUUUCCACUGCUCGACAGGCAAGAGUCGCUUCCAGGUCCCUUCGUCAGAUGAGAAACUUAACGUCUGGGUGUCCUACAGCUCCUCGGCUGAGCCUGUGGAUAGGAAUCACAUCGAGCAGCUGAUCCAGAGUCAGAAGAAACUCACGGUGGUGAGUGUAGCAGAGCUACUCUUUGAGAAGCUGCCCGGCGACUGCGUGGUCCACACGGUCAAAACCAGCAAAGAUCUGGCCUGCGCCUGGAGCUUCAGAGAUGAGCUCCACUACUGGGAGGAGCACAAAAACUUCUACGUCUGCGUUCACUCGGCUUGAGGUUGUAGACGCCGGAUAAACUCUAAAAAGUCACUCAUUCUCUGUUUGUAAGCUACUUUUUAGUUACACGGAUAAUCAGAGUCUAUCGCUGCCUCACUAUGUGCUUCAAUCUAACCUCUUAUCACCUUUUUUAACUGAAUUAUUGUGUUUUUCUAUGAAAGUUUGAUUGCAACGCAGGUGUGGACGCACAGACCAAUUUUACAAAUCACAAAUUCUCCUUAAGGGGCUUUCAAAUCUGUGCAGCAUACCUCACCCUCUGGCCUUAGACCCUCGCUUCAGAUAAGGAAAAACUGUGACAAAAUGGACGAAACCUUGUGAAGAGCAACAGAGACAAGAAGCAAACCUGUCUGAUCUGCUCUGAUUUGCAAAGGAAGUAACAUAAACUAGACUCCUGAGCUCAAAAUAAUGACCUUUUUGAUCACAUCCAGCUGUGCUUUGCUUAUUUCUCAGAACAACUCUUUGUUUAGGCUGUAUUCUAUCCCAGUGUCUCUAUUUGUUAUAAAAUUGUACUUUUAAGGUCAUAAUCUACGAGUUGACAGUUGCAGAGGAAAUUCAGGGAAAAGAACUGGCAUAAGAAAGCUUGUUUGCGACAUAAAGUUGUUGAUUUAGAGUCUAGCUGUCAGACAAAGAUUAUACUGUUAUGUUUGCUGGUAGUGAUAAGCGUUGACCUCGCCCUGUUGAGGCCAUGAGAGAAAAUGUCUGCAGACGUUUUAAAAAAGACUAUAACAGAAGUCUUGAAGCCUUCAUUUUGUCACACAGUGACAAAAUGGUGAACCUUGUUACUGGCUGCUGUACAGCACGAACAAAACACACGACAAGCACAAGCGACAAGGCCUUAAACAACGUUUGCUGCAGUGAACUGGCCCCCAUUUAACUUUAUUUACACACCCUGCCACCAACAUGCCGAGGUGUAGUGACGGCAACACUUUGUUUACAUGCAGAUGCCUAGCAUAGCUAUUGUUGUGUUACAUCUUCACCUGUGCGGUUGUGCAACACAAACUGGAAAGUUGCACCUGCUCAAAAUCCUCGACUUAGUUCACUUUGUACUCUUUCAUGUAGAGGAUUUACUUUUAAAUAAGAAUGAACAGUUUGGGAUUUGGGAUUUGGGAUCUUUUUUUUUGGUUUUUAUAAUUUUGAUCAUAAUUUUCCUAAUCUGACGUGACUUCUACACUACGUUUGAGAACAAAAAUCUACCGACUCUGUAGAAAUACUCUUUAUAAUCUCGUAUACCACUGCUCUGUUUUGAUUGUUAUAGAUAUGUUGUGUGUUAUUGUACACCACAGUAAUGUUGCUGUUUCUUCUUCGCUGUUUAGACAUCUUUACCUGAGUUAAAUACAUCAAAACGUGACGCAUAUUUACUGUAAACGUAUUGAUUCAACGUGUUUAUGUUGCACUUUCGUUUUGUAUUUACAUUUAGUAUAUUUGGGUUGUCGGUGUCUCAUAUUCAAAAAUCCUGUUGGCACACCAAAGCAAUGAAUGUAAUAAAUCUUCCAAAUAAAGUCAGUCGUACAUCA